AGCCAGUGAUGGUAAGCAACAAGACGGAGCGGGCCGUGCCCGUCACCUCUCAACCAGAAGCAGGCGAACACCACCCCGUGCUCAACCCCUUCCAGAACACCUCCCCGGCCCUACCCCCGACCUACACCCAGCGCAGAGGAAGGAAGCCGCGCAAAAAAUCCAGGAAGAGGUCCAAAAGCGGGGGAGGCAUCGUGGGGCCAUACCCAAUAGUGCCACAAGGUGUUGUUCACCGUGCAGGGACGCGGGAAGCGGCGUUCGUGCACGCCAUCUCGUCGGCCGGCGUGGCCCACGCCAUCACCCGCCGCUGCUCGUCCGGGGAACUGGAUGACUGCGGCUGCGACAGGUCGGUGAGGGGCGUGACCCAGCACGGCUUCCAGUGGUCGGGGUGCUCCGACAACAUCGCCUACGGUGUCUCUCUCUCCAAGAGAUUCGUGGACGCCCGGGACCGCAAGCUGGUGAAGACCAAGAACUCCAGCAAGCGGCGGGUCAGCAGCAGAGCGCUCAUGAACCUCCACAACAACGAGGCCGGACGCAAGCUGAUCGAGAUGAACAUGCGGGUUGAGUGCAAGUGUCACGGCGUGUCCGGCUCCUGCGAACUGAAGACUUGCUGGAAGGCCAUGCCAACCUUCAGAGAGAUCGGUGAAAUCCUAAAGGAGAAGUUCGACGGGGCGACGGAGGUGCGCGUGAAGGAGGUGUCCGGACGGGCCGAGCUCGAGCCCAAUAAACAGUACUUUAAGAAGCCCACCGAGGUGGACCUGGUGUAUGUGUCGUCGUCACCAGAGUACUGCGACUACGACAUAAACAGUGGCUCACUGGGCACCCACGGCAGACGCUGUAACAAGACGUCGCGCGGGUUGGACGGCUGCGACUUGCUUUGUUGCAACCGAGGCUUCACCAGCUUCCAAGAGCGUGUACAGGAACGCUGCUCUUGCAAGUUCCACUGGUGUUGCUACGUCAAGUGCAGAACCUGUAUACGCGACGUGACGGUCCACACGUGCAACUAGCGAGCGUCGCCGCCACUCUCGAAGCCCUUCCGUUCCUCGGGCUGCUGCUCUUCCCUCCACCCGACUUGUGUGACUAAUGACGGUGCCGUUCGCCAGGUCUCACGUUGGGAGGUUGAAGCGCUUGCUGGCGGAAAUGCAUUUGCAAUGUCACACUUACCUGAACAUAGUCUAAGUUCUUGUAUUUAUGGGAAUAUUUGAUAGAUUAAAACAAAAAAAAAUACAUGUACAAUUUUAAGCCAUAAAUUAUUAGAUUUAUCGAGAUUUUUCCAGCAUUACAAAAAGGUGCCAUUGUCGCUUCGUAGUGAGCCGGACCUGAUGUGAAAUGUCUCCCUCGACAAAACAUAGUGAAUAUGAGCUUAUAGUGAUGUUGAGAGAUCAUCUCCAGACUGUUUUCUUAAGGUGGUAAUACCUAUGGAAGUGCGGAGUCACUGUGGCAAUCUAAGGAGCUUAAAUAUCCCAUCCCAAACACUGUAAAUAAACCCCCCCCCCUCCCUUUAUUCUUAGGCCUGUAGUAUAGUGGUUUAAAAAAAAAUUACAUUUUAGAACAAAGAAUAUUCGUAGACUUGGUGUAAGAUCUUUGGAAGAUCGAAUUUUGUACAGAAGUCUUAUUGAUUGUUAUCUUAAUCAAGUCUCCCCUGUUAUUUUGUAAGAUGAACACUAACAGUCCGCUACAAGACGAUCAUAUACUGUAUAGUUCUUAGUUCCUCCUGCUGCCCUUGUCUUGUUUCAUACACCACUAAGCUCUUCCUCGAGAUCAUCUUGAUAACCUGCACACAACUUUAUAUAAUUACGCCUAACCUCAUGUAUAUACGUCCUGUUUUAGGUUUUAAGCUGAAUUUAUUAUAUAUAUAUAUAUAAACAUACAUAUAUAUUACUGUAUAUGUCCUGUACAGUUUUUAUAUUUUUUUUGCCCCCUAGAAACACUUACGUGUGUCUUACAUUGAGCAGGACAGUACUAGGUUUGACAAGUGUUCCGGAUGUUUACAACUGUUAUUCAUCUGAUGAUAAUUCCUGACGCAAAAUAUUACAAUGAUUUGCCAAGAUGACGAGGAAAGCCAGUGAACAUCUUGUAUACUUGAUGCCUUUAUCAAGUGGCUCGAGCAUAAUAUUGCAGAACGUUGUACUGUAUUACAAAUAUGUAUUUGAGUGUGUGUGUUGGCCGUACAAGGUUAAUCUUGGGAAAGUAAUGCAAUUACCGUUUUGAAGUGCGUUUCCAACACUACUUUCAAAAGUGUAUCGUGUCAUCAUUUUAUAUAAUUAUGAAGUGUUGUCAUCACAACUAAGUUAUGGUGUUGCUACAAUGACUUACAGCAGGAAAUGUAAGUCUAAACUUGGUUUGUAUAAAAACCAAAUCUGUACUAACUUUUAUCCCAGCUUAUAAGUCCAUUUUUAUUGCCAUGUUGCUUUCAUGCAGUUACCCCUGAAUGUUUCUCUUCGGAUACAAUAAACAUGACGUCUGUCUUAUCAAACAAUCCAUGUUCAGCUUAUGGUCAAAAAUCGAACCUUAAAGGUCAUGUACAACCACUUUUUAUCCAAGUAAAACCUGACAAAAUUAGGUGUAUUAUAAAAAAUAAGCUAAGUUAAUAAAAUAUUAUAUAAAAA